UACAACAUUCCAGAACAAUACAGAUCGCAAGCUUGGUGGUACUUUAUUGACUCUGCAAAAAGAUAAUUAUCAGAAAAGAAAAUUAUUUUAAUUUUUAGAGCUAAAUUGGGCGUGUAGCUAAACUGGUUUUUGUUUUCAUCUACGUCUUCUCUUUUAAACUUUCGUCAUUAAGUUGGCUACGAACGACCCUCACCAGCGCGUUCUUUGAAAGUUGUCUGCAACAUGCUAAAACAAUGUUGCUGACAGCUUGUAAUUUUUCAAAAUUUAGAAAUACAGCCACAUUACCAGCACACUGUUGCUUGAAAUUAUUAGAAAGACAGAGCAAAACUGUUUACUUUUUCCAUUUAUGCGCAAGAUCAAUUUCCCAUUCAAGUUUUUUAAACGCACAACGCCCUAAGAAAGAUGUCUCUGGCAAGCUCCCAAGAGUUUAUGAGUCAGCGGCAGUGGAAUCAGAAUGGUAUGAGUGGUGGGAGAGGGAAGGCUUCUUUAAGCUCCAACCAAAGUCCUCUAGGAAGAACAAGGACUCGAAACCUUUUACGAUGAUUCUUCCACCUCCCAAUGUUACUGGAACCCUUCAUUUAGGACAUGCCCUUACUGUCACAGUUCAAGAUGUCAUUGCCAGAUGGAGAAGGAUGAGUGGCCAAGAUGUUCUCUGGAUACCAGGCACUGAUCACGCUGGAAUAGCCACCCAAAUUGUUGUAGAAAAGCAGCUAUGGGCUCAACAGAAAAAAACGCGACAUGAACUUGGUCGAGAAAAUUUUGUCAAGGAGAUACAAAAGUGGCAGCAAGCGAAAGGUUCAAAUAUUCAAAGCCAACUUCGAAUGAUGGGUGCAUCAUUGGAUUGGAGUCGAGAGUACUUUACUAUGGAUGAGAAUCAGUCAUAUGCUGUUAUUGAGGCUUUCAUUCGACUUUUUGAUGAAAAUCUUAUCUACCGUAGCAACGUUCCUGUCAGCUGGUCAUGCUGGCUUCAGUCCACUAUCUCGGAUAUUGAAAUUGAAAGUCAAGAAAUUGAUGGCCCUACCAACUUGUUUGUGCCUGGCUAUGAGAAGCCUGUUUCUUUUGGAACUUUGACCAGUAUUACAUACAAAGGAUGUGAAAAUGAUACUGAUAUUGUUGUUUCAACCACAAGGCCUGAAACAAUGUUGGGAGAUGUGGCGAUUGCAGUUCACCCUAAUGAUCCUCGGUACACCCAUCUUCAUGGUUCAUUUUUCUGGCACCCUUACCGAAAUGAAAAGAUUCCUAUAAUCUGUGAUGAUUUUGUUGAUGCUGCGUUUGGAACAGGUGCUGUAAAGAUAACUCCAGCGCACGACAAAGCAGAUUAUGAUGUUGCUAAAAGGCACAAUUUGGAAUUAAUUUCAGUCAUCAACGAACAUGGUGCUAUUCAUGAUAAUUUUGAAAUAUUCAAGGGUAUGAAGCGGUUUGUUGUCAGAGAAAUGAUAUUGCAAGACUUAGCAUCUCGAGGACUUUUACAAGGACAGUCAUCCCAUAAAAUGAUAAUUCCGAAGUGCAGUCGAUCUGGAGACAUUGUUGAGCUAAUACCGAAACCUCAAUGGUUUCUGUCCACACAAUUCAUGGCCCAUAAAGCUAUCCAGGCUGUGAAAGAAAAUAAAUUAAAAUUAAUUCCUGAACAGGCUCAGCAGCAGUGGUUCCAAUGGUUUGAAAACCAUCAAGAUUGGUGUCUCUCUCGCCAACUGUGGUGGGGUCACAGGAUACCUGCAUAUAAAUGCUCCUUAUCUGAUGGGACUUCUUUUAAAUGGGUGGCUGCCCAAAAUGAGAUGGAUGCAAAAGUAAAGGCAUCAGCUCAUUUUUCAUGUAAACCAGAUGACUCAAAACUUGUCAUUGAGCAAGAUGAAGAUGUGCUGGACACCUGGUUUUCCUCAAGUAUUUUACCUUUCUCCUCAUUAGGGUGGCCAAAUCAGGGGACUGAAUUAGAUAUGUUGUACCCUUUAAGUCUGAUGGAGACAGGAAAUGACAUUUUAUUGUUUUGGGUUGCCAGAAUGGUAAUCCUUGGAGAGCAUCUAACACAUCAGUUACCAUUUAAUAAUGUUCUCUUGCAUGGAGUAAUUCGAGAUGCAGCUGGGAGGAAGAUGUCUAAAAGCAUUGGGAAUGUGGUGGCACCAGAAGACAUCCGGGAAGGAAGAUCAAUUGAGGAACUUGUUCGAGGAGUGGUCUCAAGUCAUGAAUCAGGGGUAAUCCCGCAGCAUGAAUUGAAAGCUGCUAUCCGUAAUCAGAAACAGAUGUUCCCAAAUGGCAUUCCACAAUGUGGAACGGAUGCUUUGAGGAUGUCUCUUUGUUCUCAUCCCAUUGAAAGUCAUUUUAUAGAUUUUGAUAUUAAAGAAUGUGACAUGUUCAGAAGAUUCUGUAACAAAAUUUGGCAAGCCUGUAGAUAUAUUGAAGGAGUAAUGGAAUCAGAGAACCUCCCACCAGUCACACUUGAUGAGAGGCAUUUGCUCAGUGUCAUGGAUCGAUGGAUCCUAAGCAGGCUAUCAUCACUCAUAUCAGAAUUAAACAAGAGUUUAAAUAGUAUGCAGCUUCAUCAAUGUGUUCAUGGAUUGCAGAACUUUGUUCAUCAUGAAUUCUGUGAUGUGUAUCUGGAAUCAACAAAAUGCCUGUGGAGUGAAAACAACACUAAAGCCCAGAAUACUGCACAACGUGUUCUUGCAAUGUGCAUUGAAAAUUUUCUGAUCUCUCUGUCUCCUUUCAUGCCAUUUCUUACUGAAGAGCUUUAUCACAGAAUACCCUAUAUUCAAAAGAAACUAAAGAGCAUUUCUCUGUGCCCCUACCCCCAGCCAAAAGAAUGGUGCAGCUGGCAGGAUAAACGCCUAGAAGAAGAUAUCGAAUUUGUUUUAAAAACCGUGACAACUAUCAGAAAACUAAAGAACAACAAUGGAUUAAAAGCAAUUGAUAAAGUUUCAGUUAUACUUGCCUCAAAUUCAAUGGAUGAAAAGAGCCUUUUCUCCUGUUAUGAGAGCUUGUUAAAUACAUUAUCAAGUUCUCAUGUCACUUGUUCCACGACCAAUGAUAUUUGCGAAGAUUUCAUGACAGAAGAAAGACUAAGUGAUAGCUGCAUAGUAAAAUUAAUUUUAGAUAAUGAAAAUCAGAGAUUGUUAUCUCUAAAACAGAAGAACUUACUCAUCAUGUCUGCCUUAAGAAAGCAAAUUAAGUUAAAGGAGCAAAUUGCAUCAACAGAAAAAAUUUUAGAGUCACCUAAGUUCUGGAAGAAUGCACCAGAAGAUGUUCGAGAUACUCUCCCAAAAAAGCUUAACUUCAUGAAAGAAGAACUGCAGAAAUCUGAAGAAUUUUUGAGCAAGGAUCCAGAACUUUGUGACAGUUUAAAGCAACAAAUUUUAAAAGAAAAUGUUUCCAAAAAACGGAAAAAUGUGUAAAAGUUUUACACUUUUGUUAUUACAGUCAUCAUUUUUUCUAAACAAAAAA